AUGGUGCAAAACGGGAGUGUCCUUGAAGAUGAAGAGACACCUAUUCUCUCUCGUAGGGAUGAAGAUAGUCCUGAAUCUGCUCAGGAGUACACCAAUGAGGGAUUAGAGUAUGUUGCUGAGAAUACUGGUGUUGCAAUUCUAGAAAGCACUUUAGUCGAUGAAGAGGAGGAGGGAGAAACCGAUGAGACUCGAUGGCUAAGAGAAUCCAGAUUACACCACGAGACGUUGAAGUGGUGGUCAAAACCGUCGCUAGUAUAUUUAUGUGUCAUCCUAGUUUCCAUUUCGUUGACUGAUACCCUAGUACUUGCUCCGUUUACACUAUUGUCUAUGAAGAAGAUUUGUGAAAGUAUAGCUCAAUCAAACAAUGAGUGGAGCAUUGAUGGUUCUCCUGUUUGCGAUCCUUCUAAGGUGCAAGAGAAGCUUUCGGGACUAACUUCAAUUAUUUUCUUGAUCAAUGGUGUUGCUGGUACUUUGCUUUCUGGUAAGCUCGGCGAAUUAUCGGACAGAUUUGGGAGGGUUCCAAUUUUUGUGUACGUUGGAAGUAUCAAGGCGAUUGGGUUAGUGAUUAUGUUGUAUGUGUAUCAUACGAAGAACGUAUUUCAUACUUCUCUAUUUAUUAUUGGGCAAUGUGUUCCAUCCUUUGGGGGUUCGAUGAUUACACUUAUAGCAAACGGAAACAGCUAUAUAUCAGAUAUUGUGGAACCGGAGCUCAGGCCGAUUUACAUCAGUUUCGUUAUGAGUUCAAUAUAUGGAUCUAUAGGACUGGGUCCCUUCUUGAGUUCUAUCUUAGUCAAGCUUUCUCACGGUGAUAAUUUUGUUCCAAUUUGGGUCGCUUUGGGAUUAGCAGUUUCUCUAACUUUAGUUUGCGCCUUCCUUAUGUCUGAAUCUAGACAUGAAAUGGCCAGGUUAAAGUCCCAAACUAAGUUCCUGAGACGAAGGGAGAGCAUCAAUAGUGCCAGAUCACGGCAAUCAGAUAUGGCAGGUGGAGCCAAUCGGUCAUAUACAGUACUGAAAUAUACUGCUCUACAAUUCUUCGACUUUUUGUCUCCAGUGAGAAAUUUAUGGAUUGCUCCUACUGCCGCCGGUUCCUUGGUUCCAAGAUACAUGGUUUUAUUGCUUGUUGGAAUAGAUAUCAUGUUUGUCAUAUCUACAGCGGCAUCUAUACCGGCGAUUGUUUUAGCCUUUGUUUUCAUGUUCGGUUGGAGUUCAGAGCAAUUAGGUUACUUUGUGUCUUUAAUGGGACUCGGCAAGGCUGCUGCUUUAUUAGUUCUCGCACCGCUGGCACUACAUCUUUUGAAGAAACGAUUCAAAACGUUAUCAAAAUCUGUGGACCACACAGACAUGGUUGUACUACGUGUUUCUUCCUUUUUUAUUCUACUUUCGCUAGUAGUAUUAGUGAUUAGUCGAAGUGAAUCCGCUGCAUACGUAUACGUUCUCCUACAAAUACUGGGAAGCAUGCUAUCCCCAACAGUGCAAUCCACAGUUAUCAAAUACGGAUCGAAAAGUUCUACAGGUGAGUUAUUUGGUGCAAUGGCAUUAAUUAGAAGUUGUGCAAUGAUGGUAAUGCCAUCGUUAUUUUUGAAAUUGUAUUCGAGAACAGUGAAUUUGGACCCCUUAUUUUUCGUGUACAUUCCCUUAGUAUUAUGUAUCGGAGCCUGUCUGAUGACAGCGUUUUUGAAAAUUGUCGAUGACCCUGAAUUGUUGAGACGCCAGUCUGAAGUAACCCUUGCACGGCCUGACCUUGAUACUACAAAGACUUUUGCUAAACCAGCCUACAACCCAACUUCUGGCCCCCAAGAAAUCGCCAAUCAUUCAAGGCGCGAGUCCUCCGCAAAAUCACUUAGAAUUCCGAUCUCAAGAUAA